AAAUGACGAAAUCAAUCAACAAGACCACACCCCCCGUUUUCGCGACACCACGCCCCAUGGUGAUAUCGUAUCUCGAAUUGUCGGAGCAGAAAACGUGAGGCGAUCGCAAUCCCCGACAAAUUAGACGCACACCCAACGAACGGCCGGCAAACCGACACCCUUCUCCCCGUCCUACCUUGCGCGAACCCACCCGCCCACCAUGGGCCUCGACAUUACCAAAAAGAAGCGGCGCAUCGCCCUCGGCUGCGAAGGGUCCGCCAACAAGCUCGGAAUCGGCGUAAUCCUACACGAAGGCGACGCUGCCGCGCCCACAUCCACCGUGCUCUCCAACGUCCGCCACACCUUCGUCUCGCCGCCGGGCACCGGGUUCCUGCCCAAAGACACGGCCCACCACCACCGGGCCUUCUUCGUGCGGGUCGCGAAGCAGGCCCUGGCCGACGCCGGCAUCCGCAUCGCCGACAUCGACUGCAUCUGCUACACGCGGGGGCCGGGGAUGGGGGCGCCGCUGGCGUCGGUCGCGGUCGCGGCGCGCACGCUGGCGCUGCUGUGGGGCAAGGAGCUGGUCGGGGUCAACCACUGCGUGGGCCACAUCGAGAUGGGGCGGGCCAUCACGGGGGCCGACCACCCGGUGGUGCUGUACGUGUCCGGCGGCAACACCCAGGUGAUCGCCUACGCGGAGCAGCGCUACCGCAUCUUUGGCGAGACGCUCGACAUCGCCGUGGGCAACUGCCUCGACCGCUUCGCGCGCGCGCUCGCGAUCAGUAACGAUCCCGCGCCCGGGUAUAAUAUCGAGCAGCUGGCCAAGAAGGGCGGGCGGGUGUUGCUGGACCUGCCGUAUGCGGUGAAGGGGAUGGAUUGCUCGUUUAGCGGCAUCUUGACGAGGGUGGAGGAGCUGGCGGCGCAGAUGAAGGCCAAUGGUGGGAAGGGGCCCGAUGGGGAGCCGUUCACGGGGGCGGAUCUGUGCUUCAGCCUGCAGGAGACAGUGUACGCGAUGCUGGUGGAGAUCACGGAGCGGGCCAUGGCGCAUGUUGGGAGCAACCAGGUGCUAAUCGUGGGUGGCGUCGGGUGCAACGAGCGACUCCAGGAGAUGAUGGCGCUCAUGGCGGCAGACCGCGGCGGGAGCGUUUUUGCGACGGAUGAACGCUUCUGCAUAGACAAUGGCAUUAUGAUUGCGCAUGCAGGACUCUUGGCAUAUGAAACGGGGUUCAGGACCCCGAUCGAGGAUAGCACAUGUACACAGCGAUUCAGAACAGACGAGGUGCUCGUCAAAUGGAGGAAGUAGCGUGCUUUUUCA